AUGAGUCAGAAACCUCCUGUUAGAUUCACUAUUGGUUCACGUAAAGUGGCUAUAACUAAGAAAGAACCAGAAAAUACUGCAAUACCUAUUGUUGAAACAAUGCUUAAACAUCAAAUGAUUGCUAAUAUUAAAAAUAGAAAUAAUAAUGAAAAUCAAUCAAAUGAAAUUACAGAUUUAAUGAAAGCUGUUGAUGAAAUGAAGAAGAUUGAUGUUAGAGAUACAAAUAGAAAAAUAGAUAUGAUAGAAAAUAUUUUAUUAUCAAUAGAAAAGGAAAGUUUAAAAAAUGAUGUUAAUUUAAAAAGUAUUAAAGAAUCAGUAAAUCAUCAACAUGUUGUAUUAGAACAAUUUCUUGUUUAA